UACUGUUCGCAUCUACAGCUGUGGUAUGUGCUCUGUCUGCGAGUGCAACUAUCUGUGACUCUGAACCAUUCCGGGUGCCGGACGUCUUAUACCCCAGCUGUUUCGUCUACCUAUACAGCAAUCAUGUUCAUGUCGCCAGCCCUCACAAGCGUGACACGGGACAACGAAUCAGGAUUCGGUUUGAUGCACCUGAACGCAUUAAACGGUUCAUCGUCGGUCAUAUCAGAGUCCAGUUUCGGUCCACGCAACUACGUCAACGAUGAACAUAUCUCGUCAACAUUUUUCCAGAACUUUAAUUAUUAUCCCAAAGACACUUUGAAAUCCCCCGCUGUACGGAGGUCAGUGUCCCCACUAUCGCCACAGAGACCAAAGGCAAGGUCGCCUUACUUGCCCAGGAAGGGUCCAAAGAACUGUCGAAAUGAAACAGAAGCUUUUGGUGUGUGUGAUGAGAUGACUGAGAACAAUCUUCUCAAGAACCAUUUCACGAAGAACAAGGUGGAAAAUAAUGACGGUCGUUGCAAACAAGAUCAGGAAGGGAAGACAAAGAGGAAUUGCAAGUCAGUUGACAUCAAAGUGACAAAAAGCCUCAAUUUGGAUUCCCUAUCCUUGUACUCAUCUCCGUGUAAAGAAAACAAGCUCUUGACGAAACGAUCAAAUAAGAUUUACCGGUUUCAAGCAAAAUGAACUCUUUAAUACCUUCAUACAAUAAUCAUCACCAUCAUCGUCAUCAUCACACCAUCAUCGUCAUCACCAUCACCAUCAUCGUCAUCAUCACCACCAUCACCAUCAUCGUCAUCAUCACCACCAUCACCAUCAUCACCAUCCUCAUCAUAAUGACUCAUAAUAAGAGUUAUCAUAUGAUCAUCAUAUGCCUGAAGGCAAACGAGGAUCUGCUUCUGGAGACUUCGGAUCCAAAGAUCCAGCGCCGUUCACAUUUUUCGUACAAAAGGACAAAUACUGUGGUUCUGUUCAGACAAUUGAACGUUCGAUCAGGCAGUGGAUCAGUAUUGAUCAAUGAACAUUGGACUCGUUACAAGAACCUGAUGCAGUUCCGACCAUGAUACCACUUUUUGCACGUACCCGUAUUCUUAUUGGUACCUGUUAGUUCGGUAGUCAACGUAGUGAUUAUGAGAAUAGUACGUUUUGUGAAUUCUUGUUACUUGCCAUCGUAAUAAGAAUUUUGUAUUUCAUGUAAGCUAACAAUUUGUCUCAAAUUUGAUUUGAAAUAAUUUAUUUUGUUUGGAGAAGUAACACAUUGUUACGUCAUUAAACGUUAGUUAUUGUGAACUAAUUUAUUUAAAAGCGUUGUGAGACUAUGUUCACGAUGUACUAUUUUCAUGAUAUUUUCAUUAUAUACCUAAUUCCUAAGUUUCAUUUGAAUGGGGUUUCGUUGGUGAAACGCACAUACUGUAUAUACUUUUAUACGUACAAAUGUAAAUAAAGCUAAGGAGUUGUUUUUCUCCUUUGCAUUUUUUUAUAAGAAUAAACCAAUCAAUGAUA